UAUAUACAUAAAGCCUAGAUUGCUUCCUGACAUCGCCGUCCCUCCCACUCUCCCAGCCAGAGCUGGUAUCAGUCUCUGCCAUAACGAUGUCGUACGACGAUGUGGAAAUAGAGGAUAUGGAGUGGAACGAGGAGUUAGAAGCUUACACGUAUCCAUGUCCCUGCGGCGACCUCUUCCAGAUCACCAAAGAAGAUCUCCGUAUCGGUGAGGAAAUCGCUCGAUGCCCUAGCUGUUCUCUCUACAUCACCGUCAUCUACAACCUCGAAGACUUCAUCGCCUCCGAUUCUAAGAACAACCUCCAGCCUUCCAAGCAGCAGCCUGUCGCCGUUGCUUAAUUUCUGCAAGUCUUUUUUUUUUUUUUUGGUUCUUUUGGGAAUCAGUAAAUUAAGGGUUUUUUUUUCCCUCUGUAACUGCGAACUUUACGUGUAUUUAGAAUUAUUGAUGCAAUAGAGAUAUUGUAAACGAUUAGGUGCUUGAUUAGUGAAUUGAAUCAAUUUUGCUGGAACAGAAUUGCAGGAGUUCCUUUGGUUAAUCUGUGUAAUUUAAAGAGCAUUUAGAUAUAUUCUUCUUCCAACUGAGUACUAUAGUUUUAUAUUUCCAAAUUCAUUAACACUUCGGUUGAUUUGACUGUAUCGAUUUUUUUUUUGUUGUUGUUGCCAAUUAAGAGUUAAGUCACCUCUUUCGCAGGACUGUCGUAUUUGUUCUCUAAUUCCCUUGUAGAAAAAAGUUGUGUGCCCAUGUUCAGCUAAUGUCUGUCUUUCUUUCAGGUUUAAAAUCACUGCAACAAGACUCAUUGAAUGAGUUUCUACCUUAGGUAUGUCCCAAAAAUUGAUUGGAACCAGAGUUCGUAGUUUAGAAGCCUGAGGAAUCUGUUGAAGAUGAAGUCUGAACUGGCCAUUGGAGUUGAAGAAACAAUGAAGUUUAUAGUUGGGGUUGUAUUUGCUUAGCUUCUGCAUGCUGACAAGAGUACAGAAGUAGGAAGCCAGUGUGAGUGGGGUCUUGACUUGGCUGUGACUGAGAAGCCAAAUCUAAAUCCUUUGAGAAGUCUGCUCCCAUCUCUUUGGAAUAAUGAUAAGAUUCGAAACGGAAGUCCAUCAUCAAAUGCGUUUACAACUCUUCGGAAAGUUGUUAAAGCAUCAAUGCAGUAAGUCUUUAUUCCAUAUUCCCGAGUAAAGAAAGCACAUUGGAGGAGCAACAUUCAUGCCUUCAUCUGCAUCAUGAAAGGUUAGAUAUUCUGCGAUAAGGCUUCCGUUUAGUCUUAUCUUCUUUGUCGAAAGUGGCUGCGGAAUUAGUGAUGUUGAGCAUCUUGAAUUAGUCUUUUUCAGCAAGAUAGAGGCAAGAUGUUCUGUAUGCCAUGGAAAGCAUAACACUCCCUCACUUUCUUACAAGUUGAAGCUUCUUUUAUUCUAGUUCUUGAGCAAGCUCACCAAAACUUCUACUUGUGUGACUUUUCUGUUAUUGUGAAGCAGACCUGUCUUUAUUUAAAGUUGUACUUAUCUGAAGAUUGUCCAUUGUUAAAGAGAAUGUAUGUACAUGUCUAUUAGCCUUCUGCCAUUGAUAUGGAAUAUGCAUUAUGUAGAUUAUCU